GGGCGGAGGAUGGUGCGCGGCGCGCCGGGGUUUCUCCGCCGCCAGAGCCGCAACGCCGCAGCAGAGCCGGCCGCGGCGGGCAGCCGACCCCCGCCCCGGGCGCGGGGCGAGCGGCGGCGGUGAGGCGCGGAGGGCGGCGCGGGCAGCCGGGACGCGGCCCGGCGCCGCGGCCGCAGCGGCCAUGGGGGCCCUGACCAGCCGGCAGCACGCGGGCGUGGAGGAGGUGGACAUCCCGUCCAAUUCCGUGUACCGCUACCCGCCCAAGUCCGGUAGCUAUUUUGCCAGCCACUUCAUCAUGGGCGGAGAGAAGUUUGAUUCAACUCAUCCUGAAGGUUACCUGUUUGGAGAGAACAGCGAUCUGAACUUUCUCGGAAAUAGACCAGUAGUGUUUCCUUAUGCUGCCCCACCUCCCCAAGAACCAGUGAAGACUCUGAGAAGCCUGAUCAACAUCCGAAAGGACACGCUAAGAUUAGUCAAAUGUGCUGAGGAAGUCAAGAGCCCUGGAGAAGAAGCCGGCAGAGCUAAAGUCCACUACAGUGUGGAGUUCACCUUUGACACCGAUGCGCGGGUGGCCAUCACCAUCUACUAUCAGGCCACUGAAGAAUUCCAGAAUGGUAUUGCCAGUUACAUCCCAAAAGAUAACAGCCUUCAGUCUGAGACCGUGCACUACAAGCGCGGAGUAUGUCAACAGUUCUGCCUGCCCUCCCACACCGUGGACCCCUCCGAAUGGGCUGAUGAGGAGCUUGGCUUUGAUUUGGAUCGAGAGGUUUACCCUUUGGUGGUACAUGCUGUGGUGGAUGAAGGCGAUGAGUAUUUUGGCCAUUGCCAUGUAUUGCUGGGUACUUUUGAAAAGCACACAGAUGGAACUUUCUGUGUCAAGCCCCUCAAACAGAAACAAGUAGUAGACGGGGUCAGCUACCUCCUUCAAGAAAUCUAUGGAAUUGAAAACAAGUACAAUACACAAGAUUCUAAGGUGGCUGAGGAUGAAGUGAGCGAUAACAGUGCCGAGUGUGUGGUGUGUCUCUCAGACGUCCGGGACACCUUGAUUCUGCCCUGCCGCCACCUCUGCCUCUGUAAUACCUGUGCAGACACUCUGCGCUACCAGGCCAAUAACUGCCCCAUCUGCCGACUGCCUUUCCGGGCACUGCUUCAGAUCCGAGCCAUGAGGAAGAAACUGGGCCCCUUGUCCCCAACCGGCUUUAACCCCAUCAUCUCAUCCCAGACAUCUGACUCUGAAGAGCAUUCAUCCUCAGAAAACAUCCCACCAGGUUAUGAAGUGGUGUCUCUCCUGGAGGCCCUCAAUGGACCCCUUACCCCCUCCCCAGCGGUCCCUCCCCUGCAUGUGCUUGGAGACGGCCACCUCUCGAGAGUGCUGCCUUCCUAUGGCAGCGAUGGCCAUCUGCCCCCCAUCAGGACGCUCUCCCCCCUUGACCGCCUGUCUGACGGCGGCAGCCAAGGACUCAAGCUCAAAAAGACUCUCUCCAGGUCCAUUUCCCAGAACUCUUCCGUGUUGCCUGAGGAGGAAGAUGAGCGUUCUUGCAGCGAGUCUGACACACAGCCCUCGCAGAGACGGCCUGCUCAGCAUCUUAGAGAGGAAUGUGGCGUAACUCCAGAGAGUGAGAAUCUUACCUUGUCAUCGUCUGGACCUAUUGACCAGUCAUCUUGCACAGGGACCCCUAUCUCUUCCACAAUUUCCUCCCCAGAAGACCCUGCCAGCAGCAGUCUGGCCCAGUCCGUCAUGUCCAUGGUGUCCUCCCAGAUCAGUACCGACACCGUCUCAUCCAUGUCCGGCUCCUACCUCGCCCCCGGCACUGAGGAAGAAGGAGAACCCCUCCCUUCCCCCCAGGCUGCCAGGAGGCCCCAGUCAGACGACGGAGAGGCGAUGCCAGUGGAGUCUCCAGAUAUCAACUUUGUUGGCAUCCCAGUUGAAGAGCAGGAUGCUGAGGGAAAUGACGUUCUAGAGGAAGAGGACGGAUCACCCACACAAGAGGAUGGCCAGAGGACAUGCGCAUUUCUAGGUAUGGAGUGUGACAAUAACAAUGACUUUGACAUCGCAAGCGUGAAAGCACUGGACAAUAAGCUGUGCUCUGAGGUCUGCUUACCUGGUACCUGGCAGGCUGAUGACAAUGCGGUCAGUCGUAGGAGCACCCAGCGCCGGCGUUUAUCAUCCAGCAGCCUGGAGGACCCUGAGAACCAGCGAUGUGUGUGGGGUCCCUUGGCUGUCUGAGGAGCCCCAGCCCCUGUGCCGGGGCUCCCUCCUGCCCUCACUUGACUGCUAGCUCCUAGCCAUCCUCAUCAAGACGCCUGGAGACUUUAUGCUCCUGCAGAGCUGGAUGUGAGGUCAGCCUGCUCCUUCUCCCAGCCACAUCUUUUGUAACCAUGUUCCUUCCCCUCAGAAGAGACCAGAAGCCCUCCUUUCUCCUUGUGGGCUGAAGCCACUCGAACUAUGGCUCACGAGACCCUUUACCAAGAUUCUGGGUGUUUCCCCAUAUCUUGAUCUUCAGGUGGAGCCGAGGUCCACGUGCUGGUUGUUUCUUGCGCAUCUUUUUUCUCCUUAGGGGUAGGCCAAGCAGCCUCCAUUUUGAGGCUCUGUUUCAAACACCCAUCUGGCAUUUUCUGGCCUGUGAAUCCUCAUAACCAAUUUGAAAACUCUAGUUUGGGGUGAGGUUAGAGGACAACUCCAGUGAAUAAGGAGCAGCCACAGCACACUACAGUGGAGUUCCCUCAGAAAGAGUUAGGAGCUCCUUUUAAAAGUACAGGCUCAGCGGUGGCAACCAAAAUGUUUCUUCCUCCUGGUAGCAGAGCUAGUCUCUUUUUGCCCGUGUGCCUGUCUGCUUAGGAAGAGACCUUGGAUUCGAGAAUCCCCCAGUUAAGAUGAUGACCCUUAAGAAGCGCCUUCAUGAAGGCCUGGGACUCCAGCUGAAGAUUACAUUUCCAGAAACAUGUUUUUUGACCACUUUUCUGUGCCAGGCGCUGAGUUGGGAGUUUUUGUCUGUUAGCACAUUUCAUCGUCACCCUAGCCCUGCGAGGUGGGUCUCUUAUCCCCUUUGCCUCUGUCUCCUUCCUUUUUUUGUCAGUAGUUGAAGAAAUAGACUUAAGAGGUGGGGCCCAGUGAGUCUCCAGUUCAUUCCCAGGAGCCCCAGAGGACUGAUGGAGAGCGCUGGGCUCGAUCCAGGCAGCAGCUGGGCCAGCAGCGCCGCUCUAGGAGCCCUCUGGUGGGAGCCAAGAUCCUCCUCUCCUUCGUGUCUUCCUGCCUCCCAGACCCGCAGAGCAAACGGGAAGGAGAAGUGCCGUCGCCUUGGCUGCAGCAGAGCUAUCCACAGGCUCUCCUCUCACGGACUUAGGGGAUAUUGUUCAGAUCAUGGCCCCCCACCUCCCCACCCCAGGGUAACGACAUACAAACAGGAACUUGGAACAGCAAGGCCAGACUGAGCCUUCAGGUGGCAUUUCUUUCUCGACACUGGCGUCCUCAAACGAUCCCACCUCGCUCUUGGACAGGUGCUUUGUCUGCAGGCUGAAGGAAAAGCUGGUUGUUCAGUGGAGCAUGAGAUGGUUUGAAAAGCAAUUAGACAGUUGAGACUAGGAGAACCUUAGGCUACACCCUUUGCUAGGGUUUUGUUGCCCUAGCAGAGCUUUCCAAGGCCAGUGCCCAAGGGUCCUUUGUGUCCCUGUAGCUGCAGAGUGCAGGGGGGGAUGGUGGUGGUCCCCGUGGUGCCCUGGGGAGGGGAGGGCCGCUGUCCUGGCUGAGUUCCCACAUCCACCUCUCUGACAUACCUCAGUGGACUCCUUGCCUUGCAGGCCCCUCUUCAUCUCCUUUCCUUCCCCCUUCAUUUUCACAGUCCCUUUCAUAUUUAAGAUUGAAACCAGUAUAAGUUGAGCAAUAACCCCAUUCCCUAUUUCCUUGAAGUAUGAGCAGGAGGCACUUACACACAGACCCACCUCCUGUCCCCACAGGUGGUUUUCACAGCGUGGUGUUACCUGGGAGGGCCCCUGGGGAGGAAGCUGAGAUGAAGGAGAUUCCGGUAAACAGUAGCCACUGAGGCCAGGAACCCUAAGAGGAAGCAAUUAUCUUCACCCCUUCUUUGAGGAUCUGUGACCUUCCCUGCAGGGUGUGCUUCUCAGUCCUUUCCCAGGACGAGGUUGGGGAAAAUUCCUGAAGGAAUCCCAGAGGGAGCCUGGCCUUGACUCCUUUCUCCCUUCUCAGCCUUUGUCACUAGAUGGAAAGUGUCUAGGUUAGAAAUGGCCCUUCACUCCCUGUUUCUUAGAUAGGGUCCUGUUUUCUCUUUUUUCUUUUUUUACCUUUUUCAGCAAGUGGAAACUUCCCUUCCAAAGGGCCUGGUCCUCAGUCUGCCUGAUCAGGGCACAGGUUGGCUGCCAGCCCCACUGCCCCAAUCCAUCAUCCAAAGGAGGCAGUCUUAUUUUGUAAGCAUUUUACCCAGAGAGGAUGAGGAGGCCUGGCUCCUCACCUAGGACACAAAUGCUGGGGCCAGAGGCUCCUUCCUGCCACACUCGGGUCUGAGCUCUUGCCGUGGCCUUAAGGAUGUGCACUGGGCCUGGCUUUCUCACAGAACCAUUUUUUUCCCACUCCUGCCCUGUUCAUCCCUCCAGACUUUAUACCCAUGUUGGGAGCAUCUCCUGGGCACAGACCUCACGCUUUAAGCUGAGUCACCCUGGAGAGAGCUCGGAACCUGUCCACCUGAACUUGGCAUGCUGGUUCCUCGUUUUGCUCUCGGACCUGCACACCUGGUGUGUGCAAGUGUGUGUAUCCUGUUGGUGCCAUUUGUGUACCCUCCUCCCUCCCUGGAGUACAUGCAUGGCACACUACAGUGGGGACACCAAGGAUGCAAUAUUUAUGGAUUGCUGCAUGAUUCUUAAAAAUGAAUAAAACUGUUUACAAGGGAAGGAGAGCUGUUACCUAA